GGGGGAAGAAGAUUUGUGGCGGAAGAGUAGUAGCAGCUUCAGAUCUCUCGCAGAAGAAGGCCUCGCAUCUCCGGUAAAGAUCGUCCAAUCCUCUCCUAGGGCUAGGGUUUUGUGGGCCGCGGCAAAUCGGUUCCAUGCGCGGCGCUGCCCUUCUCGUCCUGCUCUCUCCACCGCCAAGCCGCCGCCGGAGCGCGCCGUAACACUUUUCUUUGAUUCUUUGUAGCCGCGCUGGAAAUGGGUGAAGCCAAGGAGAACGACACUUAUCAGGAGGAGCUUUUGGACUACGAGGAGGAAGAAGAAGCGGCCCCCGACGCCGUUGCAGCUAAGGGAGCGGCAGAAACAGUGAAAAAGGGCUAUGUUGGUAUUCACAGCUCCGGUUUUCGAGACUUUCUACUCAAGCCUGAACUCGUUCGUGCUAUCGUUGAUUGCGGUUUUGAGCAUCCAUCAGAAGGUAAUUAUUCCUCGAGUUUAACACCCAACUUAUCUUCCGAACAGUGCAAUUCGAGUGCAUCCCGCAAGCUAUACUCGGAAUGGAUGUCAUCUGCCAAGCGAAGUCCGGAAUGGGAAAAACUGCCGUGUUCGUGCUUUCAACGCUGCAGCAGAUCGAGCCACUUAAGGGGCAAGUUGCUGCUCUGGUCUUAUGUCACACGCGAGAGCUAGCUUACCAGAUUUGCCACGAGUUCGAACGAUUCAGCACUUAUCUUCCAGACAUCAAGGUUGCGGUUUUCUAUGGUGGUGUCAACAUCAAGACCCACAAGGACCUCCUCAAAAACGAAUGCCCCCACAUCGUCGUCGGCACACCAGGGCGUAUUCUUCAGCUGACGAGGGAGAAGGAACUGAGCCUGAAGGGUGUGAGGCACUUCAUCCUUGAUGAGUGUGACAAGAUGCUGGAGUCCCUCGACAUGAGGCGCGACGUGCAGGAGAUCUUCAAGCUGACACCCCACGACAAGCAAGUGAUGAUGUUCUCAGCCACCCUCAGCAAGGAAAUUCGCCCGGUUUGCAAGCGGUUCAUGCAAGAUCCUAUGGAGAUCUAUGUUGACGACGAAGCCAAGCUGACUUUGCACGGACUGGUGCAGCACUAUAUCAAACUAAGUGAAGCUGAGAAAAACAGGAAGCUGAACGAUCUUCUGGACGCUUUGGACUUCAACCAGGUGGUGAUCUUCGUCAAGAGCGUGAACCGUGCGGCGGAGCUGAACAAGUUGCUGGUGGAGUGCAAUUUCCCUUCUAUCUGUAUCCACUCGGGGAUGUCACAAGAGGAAAGGUUGACGAGGUACAAGGGAUUCAAGGAAGGGCACAAGCGAAUUCUUGUGGCGACUGACUUGGUGGGGAGGGGCAUAGAUAUUGAGCGCGUGAACAUCGUGAUCAACUAUGAUAUGCCAGAAUCCGCAGAUACUUAUUUACAUAGGGUUGGCCGAGCUGGACGAUUCGGAACAAAGGGCUUGGCCAUCACAUUUGUAGCUUCUUCGACUGACUCGAACGUGCUAAAUCAAGUUCAGGAGAGAUUUGAAGUAGAUAUUAAGGAGCUGCCAGAGCAGAUCGAUACCUCCACCUACAUGCCGUCUUAGUUUCAAGGAGGAACUGAAAAGAAGGAUUUACUUUUUAAGGACUUCCAUUUCUAAAGCUGUACAAUGUUGAAGUUUUGUUGUAACGAUGAUUAAGAGUACUUAUGAUGAUA